AUGUUUAGUUUUAUUAAUAAUACAUUUAUAUCAGCCGGAUUUAAUGAUUUUGAUAACAAAUUAACUAAUAAAUUUAAUACUGUAAAUCGUAAAAAUAAAGACGAUAAAAUUAUUUCUAGUAAUUUUUCAGAUAUAUCCUUAGAAAAUAAAAAUAAAAUAUCUCUUUUUGAAUUAAGUAGAAGAAAAAAAAGAAACAAAAAAAAAAGAAAGUAUUAUGAUGAUGAAAAUGAUGACUAUGAAUCUGGUGAAACAUACAAUACGGAUAGUUAUGAUGAUGAAUAUGAAAGUACUCCUAAAAAAAAAAAAUAUUCUUCAUUUAACUUUUUAAGAAAAUAUAGGAUAUUUGGUAGAGAUGAUGAUGAUAACUAUAAUGAAGGAGAAGACGAUUAUGAAUAUAAGCGUAAGAAAGAUAAAAAACAUAAAUAUAGAAAAAAAAAAUUUCAAAAUAAUAUUUUAAAUGAUGAAAACAAUAAUGAAAAUAAUUAUAACACUGAGAAUAACAAUAUGAAUAAUAAUAAUAUGAAUAAUAAUAAUAUGAAUAAUAAUAAUAUGAAUAAUAAUAAUAAUAACAAUAAUAAUAAUAUGAAUAACAUGAAUAAUAAUAAUAAUAAUAAUAUGAAUAAUAAUAAUAAUAAUAUGAAUAACAUGAAUAAUAAUAAUAAUAAUAAUAUGAAUAACAUGAAUAAUAAUAAUAAUAUGAACAAUAAUAAUAAUAAUAAUAUGAAUAACAUGAAUAAUAAUAAUAAUAAUAUGAACAAUAAUAAUAACAUGAAUAAUAAUAAUAUGAACAAUAAUAAUAACAUGGAUAAUAAUAAUAAUGUUAAUAAUAAUAACAUGGAUAAUAAUAAUAAUGUUAAUAAUAAUAAUAUGAAUAACAGUAACAGUAUUAAUAAUAAUAAUAAUAUUGCCAAUCUUAGUGUUACUUCUGCAAACAAUAGUAAUAACAACAAUAAUCCAAAUGAAUCAAAUCCUCAAAUGAAUGGAAAUGUUGCUGAAGGAGAAGCUAUCUCAACUGAUCCUUUAGAAGAAAAUAGUAGUUCUAACUGUUCAAAAUUAAUAAAAGAUAGUCUCAAAUUUAAUACAACUGAAUUGAUAUGUAAUUCAAUUAAUUGUAGUAGUUUAUCUAACUCAUAUAAUGAAAAAAUUCCCUUAACCGAUUGUACAAAUAUAACAUAUUGCAGUAAUUGUACAAUUCUUAAUAACCCCAAAGAACAAUGUUACAAAGUCAAAACUUUAAACCCAGAAAAUAUUAAUAUAUCAUUAGGUUUCAUUGAUUCUACAAAUUUAUAUAAUAAAAAUAAUUUAAUAAAUAUACCCUUUAAUUGGGAUAACCAAUUAUUAGAUUUCUCUAAAUGUGUACCUGAUGUAGAUAAAUUUAAAUUGGCUUCUAAACAGUCAUUAAAUAAAGAUAAAAAUGAGUCAUCAAAAUAUUUGUACAGACUAGCUAACUUAUAUAUUUAUGCCACGAAAGUAAUAGAAGAUAAUAAUUCUAAUCCUUUAAAAAUAUCCGUUAAAUUUAACAACAUUAAUGUUGAUUCAUUAAAACAAACUGAACAUUUAAAAAAUGAAUCUAAUUCAGUUUUACCUUGUCCUUUAAAUAUUUAUAAUGUCACAACAUUUAAUAUACAUUUAACUCAAUCUUUUGUAUUUUAUCAACGUUUAUUUAUUCCAGAAAACAAUCUUUCAAUAGAUAGCAAAAAUUUAAGUAUUGAAAUAUCAAAUAAUGAAGGAUAUAAUGUAAGUAAUUAUUAUUUUUAUACAAAGAUUGAUUGUCCGAAAACAAAUGAUGAAUUAGAAAAAGAAAUAAACCAUUCAGAACCAUCUCAAUCUAAUUUACAAGUUGCAUCUGAAACUGAUAAUGAAAAAAAAGGACAAGAAAAUGCACAGGUAAGUAAUACUGGAACUUUAGAAAUUAUAAAAAAUAAUAGUUCUCUAAGUGAUUUUAAGAAAAGUUCUUAUACUUAUAAAAAUGCAAUAAGUUAUUUUAUUUCCUUAAUUUGUAUAAUUUCUUAUUUUGUUUUCAUAAGUUAG